GCCGUUAUCGCGUGCUCCCUCGCCUCUCCUCAAGGCCCGUUCACGUCGCUGCCCGGUCGCAGAGACGGCGUUUCUCGAAAGCCAGUGCACAAACGAGCCAUGUAUAUCUUACUGGCGUGCCUUCUCCUGCCGGGGCGCGGAGCAUCCGACUUCACGGCCACUGUAUUGCACACCAACGACGUGCACGGACGUUUCGAGCAGGUGACGGCCUCCGGCACCCGCUGCACGAAACAGGCCGCCGAGGCACAGCAGUGCGUCGGCGGCAUCGCCCGCCAGAAGACUCUGGUUUCGCGAGCCGCGGCGUCUGGCGCCAACGUGCUGUUCCUGAACGCUGGUGAUUAUUACCAAGGGAGCAUCUGGUACUAUGUCCUGGGCGCUCCAAUUGUCGCAGAAGCCGUCAACUACCUCGCUCAUGACGCAAUGGCACUGGGAAACCACGAGUUCGACCGUGGUGCCGAAGGGCUGGUGCCCCUCCUAACUGAAAGCCGGGUGCCUAUCGUGGGCUGCAAUGUCGACUUCAGCGACGAACCAACACUUAAGCAACUCCAGCCGAAACCUUCACUGGUCGUGGAACGUGCAGGAACCAAAAUUGGCCUUAUUGGAUACACAACAAUGAAUACUACGUACCUGUCCAGCCCUGGCAAAGUUCGCUUCACGGACGAAGUGGAGUGCAUCCGGCGGGAGGCGCAGAGGCUGCGGCGCGAUGAAGGCGUGCAGGUGAUCAUCGCCGUGGGUCACUCGGGUGUGCCACGAGACGUGGAGAUCUGUGAGCGCGUGCCAGAGGUCAGUCUUGUCGUCGGCGGCCACACCCACACAUUCCUCUACUCUGGACCCACAGUGGACGGUCGCGUAUCGGGUGACAAGCCGCAAGGUCCCUAUCCCACAGUCGUGGAUCGUGCAGCCGGCUCCCGCUGCUUGGUGGUGCAGGAUUUCUACAUGGGCAAGUACAUGGGCAACAUCAGCGUCACGUGGAAUGAGCGCGGUGAGGUUGUCCGCUGGAGCGGGCAGCCAGUGCUGCUGGACAGCAGCAUCCCGGAAGAUCCCGAAGGUUUAGCGCUUCUGGACCGCUACCGCAGCCGGGUUGCUCAAAGCCAAGCAGCGGUGGUGGCCGAGAGCAAGGUGCUGCUCGACGGGGAUAAGGUGAGGUGCCGCCUAGACGAGUGCAACCUGGGCAAUCUCGUCAUGGACGCCUUCCUUAAGAAGAUGGCCUCGCUGCCCAGCCCGCCGGGCAGUUGGACUAGGGUGGCUGCUGUCAUCGCCAACGCCGGAGGAAUCAGGGCCUCCAUCGAUGAACAGAGCACAGGCGGCCGGGUCACCUUCGAGGACGUCGUGAACGUGCUUCCGUUUGGCAACACCCUUGUAGUGAUGAAUGUGACCGGGGCACAAUUGAAAGGACUCCUCGAACAUGGCGUCCAUCGACACGACGUCAAGGGAGAUGUGCCGCCAGCAGAAUUUGUCCUCGCUGCCGGCCUGCGGGUUGUGUACGAUAUACAACGAAAGCCUUACGAUCGCGUCGUGGAGGCGCACAUCCUGUGCGCGGACUGUCGCGUGCCUCGCUUCGAGCCGCUGGAAGACGCGCGACGCUAUCGCAUCGCUGCCCUCAGCUACAUCGUGCACGGCGGAGACAACUUCGAUUUCUCUUUCCUCAAGCCCAACGACAUGUACGACACUGGUUUCGGGGAUGCCCAAAUAGUGGUGCAUUACAUGAACGCCACAUCACCAAUCACUACAGCAGUGGAUGGCAGGGUCACCUUCCUCAAGGCAAACCAGGCCUCGGAUGCGCGCUCAACUCUUGCCUCUCCUCUCCUCCUCCUCCUUCUCGUCCUAGUGGUUCUUCACCACUUAUGAUAGAGCGUUUCCUGCGCCUAUGUCAAAGCACGCGGGGCAUAUUUCUAUUCAAUUCGAUUAGGUUCAAUCUCUUUUCAACAUCAGAAAAACAGUGCUGCUGUGGGCAGUGGACAAGAAACCUCCGAAAUAGGCUUAAAGGGACCGAAAAACUAGGAAGAACGUGUGAUUAGAUCCUGGUGAAAAUGAAAAUAACGUGAGUUAUAGUGACCGAUUCAAGCAUCCUUUUUGCGAUUUCAGUAGGCUUUAUAUUUUCAAAUGGCGUUUAGAAGUCACCAAAAAAAAAAAACGGUAUGUCGCCCAGCAUAGCGGGAGAGCCUGCGGCGACUAUGAAGUCACCGCAGAUCGAACCAUUUUGAUAAGAAAUGUUUCGCAGCGUUUUCCGCGUUAUAUCAUGGCCGUGAUUAGACACUCUGACCGGUAAGCUUCCCGUUGCGCUUAAGAAAACAGGUAUCAUAAAAAUGGGUUGUCGGUCCCUUUAAAGGUUAGGAUGAAUAAAUGGGCAUGUUGCUUUAGCAGGCUGUUAGGCGAAAGGCGUGAAAACGAUGAAAAAAAAAAAUCAAUGACAUCGAUAUCGUUAUCAUCGGAAGAUGCUUUACUGAAACGCGACUGCGAACCGAUGAACUAUCAGCGCUCUCUUUGUAAAUAGCGUCCUUUUUCAGAUCAAACAUGAAUCGAAGUGGCACCCUCUGUCUCUGUAUAUCUUCGUUUGUCUCUUCUCGUCUUCGCGCCCCUCGCCUGAGGGCUCAAAAGCGUCCACUAUUUUUUUUUUCUUACAUGCGUACGCCAUGGCUUACAAAACCAUGUAGUGAGUCGUUCCGAAGUCAUCAACGUUACCAGGCAGUGUGUUAGUUUCUAAAGAAUACGUUGAAUGGAGCUCUUUCACGCCAGAGGAAGAAAAGGGCGCUUUCGCGUAGAUUAUGUGACGCUUUGUUUAUUCGGUAAGUGGUGUCAAGCGAAAGCCGCGACCAAAGUGGUUUUCCAAUGGAGCUCGUGAGUGAAGUACGAGUCCGCUAAUUAUUGCAGCUAACAGCGCGAAACACAUCGACGUGGAAGCAAGCAGUGGACACGACACACCGCUAAGUAAUAAAGGCCAGAGAACAUUCACGGGUAAUGCAACUACUGGUCCCACUGCAAACUUUGGAGUAGAUAUCCCCUUUGCUAAUAGCGGCUUGAAGUUGGGAACGGCGCUUAUCUCCGAUAGGGGAUCGCGGCGCAGCGUCCGCUUGUGGGGUUCAGAAUGGGAGCGCAAGAUUGCAACAGGACGGAGAGGCACCUUCUCGAGAUGGUCCACACUGCCAAGCUCGAUGUCCGGAUACCUCUUUCCCGAUUAAUAAACCGGUGGGCACUCGGCGGCACUGGGAAUCGAACCCACUACCAUCCGCAUUGGAGGCAAACGCUUUACCGCGUGACCACCACCGGCUGCAUAUGCAAGCGGCGUUCUUCCACACGGAUCACGUGACGAGCCUUCCUGCUGUUCCCUUUUUAUUUUGCUUCACGGUGCAGUGCGUUCGUGUCGAUAACGUUAUAAGCUGGGUACUCGUGCUUCCCACGCAAAAGAAAGGCGCUCUAUUUGCAAUAUAAAAUUCUCAUGCAUGGCAUACGCCAUCAUCAUCGAGUGCUUGUUUGUUUGCAGUGACCUUACCUGGCCUGUGGCCUCUGGACAUCCAUUGCCGCCAAACACAUACUCACGCAUUUCUUGGACACUGAAGGGAGCUAACGCUUCUCGAAAGGAAACACUGCCGGAUCAAGAAAACACUGCCGUUGUGUUGACGAGGCUACUGUGGGCAUGCGUAUGCCGAAUAGUAUUUCACUGCAUGCAUAUCAUUGGGCAUUCGCGAUGUCGUGCCACGCCAAAAUCCAUUUCCCUCUCCUCUUCAGCAAGCGAACGUAAGAUGGACAAACAUGCAUUGACUUAUUUCUUGAUCACGAGAUCGUCCUGAGAUAUAUCACUAAUUCUAAUUCUUAGUUGACUUAAUAUAGGCUAUAUAUGCAUCUCCAAUGUAAAAAGACCAUGUGGUGUUGGGUGAUGUAACCACUCUGAAGUGACAGCACUGUCAAGUUUUAUGUCCUAACAAGGCUCCAUCGACUUCAAUGUAAAAGGUUAACGAGUCGUGGGAAGCAGGUAAAAUAAAUAAAUAAAUAAAUGAAUAAAUAAUCUACUUGAAAUGAUUACUCGCUGUUCAUAUAGUUCUUUAUAGAGCGUGUGUUCCUUGAAUGCGUGACAAGUAUCAACAGAAUCGCAUGGUGGAUGGUACACAUUUAGUACAUAUCGAAAUUGACGAUACGUUGCUUAAGAUCAUUGUUGAAAUAAAGAAGUUUGUUGUCUAAAGUUAGUUUUGUGGUUGCAUUCAGCCAUAUUAAUGGCGGCGUGUCGAGCCGAAAAAAAACACCGUUCGGUUCGGGUUCGACACGCUCCAAUAAACUCCGGUUCAGUUCCGGUUCGGGGAAAUUUUUUAAAUUGUAGUGGUUUCGAAAAAUUAGCAAUGUAAGCUCUUUCUUCGACGCGUUGUACAGUGCUAUUGACUUCAAUAUGAUAACGUGAAAGACUCUAGGUAGCACUGCUUAAGUUACUUAACUCGUAUGUGCACCAGGAUUUUUAUUUUGUAAUAUUCCAUUUUAUAAAUUUCAUUUUCGU